UAUAAGAGAUCUCUGCCGCAGUUUCUUUCUUUGGAAUAAUGUCGGCUGAAUAUGAUAAUAGAGACAAUGGCCCGGAGGGCAUGGAGCCAGAUGGCAUCAUUGAGAGCAACUGGAAUGAGAUCACAGACAGUUUUGAUGAGAUGGCCCUGCGCGAGGCUCUGCUCAGGGGAAUUUAUGCCUAUGGUUUUGAGAAGCCCUCUGCUAUCCAGCAGAGAGCCAUUAUGCCUUGUAUCAAGGGAUAUGAUGUGAUCGCUCAGGCCCAGUCUGGCACUGGGAAGACUGCCACCUUCGCCAUUUCCAUCCUUCAGCAGAUUGAUGUGGAGGCGAAAAGCACCCAGGCUCUGGUCUUGGCUCCCACCAGGGAGUUGGCUCAGCAGAUCCAGAAGGUGGUGCUGGCCCUAGGUGACUACAUGGGAGCCAGUUGCCAUGCCUGUAUCGGAGGGACCAACGUUCGCAGUGAAUCCCAGAAGCUCCAGCUUGAAUCUCCUCACAUUGUGGUGGGAACCCCCGGCCGUGUCUUUGACAUGUUGAAUCGCAAAAACCUCUCUUCCAAGUUCAUCAAAAUGUUUGUGCUGGACGAGGCUGACGAGAUGCUUAGUCGAGGGUUCAAGGACCAGAUCUAUGAGAUUUUCCAGAAACUUGCAAGCAGCACACAGGUUGUCCUCCUGUCGGCCACCAUGCCAGCCGACGUGUUGGAAGUCACAAAGAAGUUCAUGCGUGAACCUGUCAGGAUCCUGGUGAAGAAGGAGGAGCUGACCCUUGAGGGCAUCCGUCAGUUCUACAUCAACGUGGAGAAAGAGGAGUGGAAGCUGGACACGCUGUGUGACCUGUACGAAACCCUGACCAUCACACAAGCGGUCAUCUUCAUCAACACAAGGAGGAAAGUGGACUGGCUGACCGAGAAGAUGCACGCCAGAGACUUCACCGUGUCUGCUCUGCACGGUGACAUGGACCAGAAGGAGAGAGACUUGAUCAUGAGGGAGUUCCGCUCUGGCUCCAGUAGAGUCCUCAUUACCACUGACCUGCUGGCUAGAGGUAUUGAUGUCCAGCAGGUGUCUCUCGUCAUUAACUACGACCUGCCGACCAACAGGGAAAACUACAUCCACAGGAUUGGUCGGGGUGGUCGUUUCGGCAGGAAGGGAGUUGCCAUCAACAUGGUGACCGAGGAUGACAAGCGGACCCUGAGGGACAUUGAGACAUUCUACAACACCACCGUGGAGGAGAUGCCCAUGAAUGUGGCCGAUCUCAUCUAGAAGACUCCACGUGCCCGUCGUCCACCCUCUCCCCACUCUUUUUAGCAGUAAAAACCUUGUUUUCUUAUACGAUCUGAAUUCUAAGAACGUUCUUUUGCUAAAUUCCACCAUGACUUUACCCUUUACAUUCUAAGGGAAGGAAGAAUGUGGCCAUUGUUCCUCCCUUACCGUUGACAUCAUUUUUUGGAAGGAUGGAAUUACUGACCUGCUUCAUCUGCUUGCCAAAAUCCAUUACCCCUCAUUGGCACCUAAAUUCUUACUUUAGCUAAUCCCUCUAAAUCUUAAAGCAUUCAUUUCGACAUUGAUGUUUUUGCAAACAAAAGGACUUUUAACCUCCAAACAAGCAAGUUUGUAACUGGUUCCUACACAUGCAAAACAUAACCGCGUUUCCAAAAGCGCAUUUAAAAAAAAAAAAAAAAAAAAAACAACAAAGUUACGGUUUAAAAAUAUUCUAGUUCUGUCAGCAAAAGCUUCAAAAAACAAAUGUGUACCUCGGCUUAAUUGAUAACGUGCACGACGCUAACCCAAAGCUUUUGUGAAAUGCGGCUAUAAUUUGCACCCGGACAUGGAGUGGCUUAGACUACAGUUCAGUUUGGACUCAAACGCACCGAUGCUCUAAAUGAAAUGGGAAGCGCUGCAUUUGACCAGAUCAGUAUUUAAGCAACUUUCAGUGUACUGAAAACAGCCUUUUAACUCCCAUCCAUGCUCAUGUUAAGAGGUUUCUGGGGCUAGAGUACACAGGGCAUAUUCAAUAAAAAGACCUAUAUAGUAAAAUCCUUCAUGAAUGAGUUGUUUACCGUUUUGAUCCUUUUACUGCUGUUUCAUAUAUAUAUAUUAUAUUUUUAAUUGCUAUUGUACAUAGCGCUUGACUUGUACAGUCACGUGUGCAGUAGCAUUCAGUUGAAGACUGACUGGUGGCCACAGACGUUCGGAGGCAAAAACAACGGUGAGUUCUGUGGAGACUUUGCCUCUCGACCCUGACAACCUGGUUGGAUUUUCAUCUCUUUUGACAUUAUUGUUCAUUUAGAUUUUAUUUUUCAACACAAUAUUGGAUUUUUGAUACAGUGGCAGGUGUCUUUUUGUAACCUACCUCGCCAAAAAUGUUACGAGUGGGGGUAUCUGAUAUGAAAGGACCAAACUACAGAAGUAUAUAGAGAUCCCCUCUCUCUGAGCUAUCAUUACAAUACCUGUCAUCGUGGGGUUUGGUGUGUAGAACAGUCAUGUUUUGAGGUGUAUAGUCAGUGCUAUUUUUUAAAGAUGACUGCGGAAUUGUUAACAUUUUUGAGAUAGAAGCAUCACGUUUUCUACAUUGGAUUCUGUAUAGUAUUUAUUUUAAUGGUCUUUAAAAAAAAAAAAAAAAAAUAAUAAAGGUUUCUCCUCCAUGACAGUGUAAA